UUACUUUUCAUUUUCUAGUUUAUUAUUCUCUCUUUCUCUCUCUGAUAUGAACUUGAAAUUUUCGUUUAUGUUAAGGGAGGUAGAAGCUCUUGCAAUUCAACAACUUUCUUGUGUCUUUAUAAAUUUUUUUGCUACGGAUUCACUAGAAUAAGAAGAGGAAUAUUCAUAAAGGUGUUGUAACUAUGUCCAAUAGGCACAAUGAUCAUCCUGUGCAUACAGUCACAAUUUGUGGAUCAAUGCUACAGGAACUGCAGGAAGUAUGGGAUGAACUGGGAGAGCCUGAUGCAGAAAGGGAUACAAUGCUGUUUGAGAUUGAGCAAGCGUGUGUGGAAGUAUACAGAAGAAAAGUGGACGAAGCAAUUAAGUGUAAAGCUCAGUUACAAGCAGAAAUUUCCAGGACUCAAGCACAGAUUUCAGAUAUUUGUUUUGCUCUGGGUGAGCAACUACCUCAUUUUGAUAAAAGUGCGGUUGGAGGCUUGAAGAGAGAGCUUGAUAGCAUUCUUCCACUACUAGAGGAAAUGCAAAAGCGGAAAAUUGAUAGGAAGAACCAAUUUCUUGAAGUUCUAAAUCAACUAAAGGAUAUUUCAAAUGAAUUAGGUAUAUCGAUGGAAGAUAGUCUUUACAAAAUGGUGGUGAAUGAAACUGACCUGUCCCUGAAUGGGCUUGAGGAACUACGACAACAGUUACUUAUUAGUCAAAACGAGAAGAGAGACCGUCAGAGACUGGUUGAGGACCACCUGAGCGCUCUGAGUUUACUGAGUUUGGUUCUUGGUGUGGAUUUCAAAAACACAAUUUAUGAGAUUCAUCCCACUCUGUGCAAUUUUAAAGGUGUAAAGGACAUAAGUAGUAGUACGAUUGAAGGCUUGUCUGGUGCAUUAUUGAGAUUGAGAGAGGUCAAGAUGAAGAGAUGGGAGAAGCUUCAAAAGUUUGCAACUUCCAUGUUGGAGUUGUGGAAUUUGAUGGAUACACCAAUGGAGGAGCAAAAGGCAUUUCAUAAUGUAACCAGUAAAAUUGCUGCUUCAGCCUCUGAAGUUACUGAAGCCAACAUCCUCUCUAUUGACUUCCUUAACCUUGUUGAAACAGAAAUAUCACGGUUGGAGCAGUUGAAAUCAAGUAAAUUGAGAGAAAUUCUAAAAAAAAAGAGGUCGGAACUUGACGAGAUAUGCAAAGAAGCACACAUGGUUGCAGAAGCACAUGGUGCCACUGAAUUCUCAUUCGAAGCUGUAGCUUCUGGAACAAUGGAUCCAGAGUACCUAUUGGAGCAAACUGAAAUUGAAAUUGCUAGGGCGAAAGCAGAAGUUUUAAGCAGGAAAGAAAUAUUAGAUAAAGUUGACAAGUGGCUGGCAGCCUGUGAAGAAGAGUGCUGGCUAGACCAUUACAAUAAGGAUGAUAAGCGCUAUCAUGCUGGAAGAGGUGCUCAUCUCGCUUUGAAACGCGCUGAAAAAGCUCGCGCUGUGAUAAACAAAAUUCCUGCAAUGGUAGACACAUUGAUUUCAAAAACCGCAGCUUGGGAGGCAGAAAGAGGAGUGGAAUUCUUAUAUGAUACUGAACGACUUAUUUCCGUGCUUGACCAGUACAAGAUCUCGAGGCUAGAGAAAGAGCAAGACAAGCAAAGGCAGAGAGACCAGAAGAAACGUCUUGGACAGCUUAUAGCAGAGAAGGAAGCACGUUAUGGGUCACAACCCAGUCCAGCCAGUGUCAAGGGUUAUAGAAUAACAGGAGUUGCAAACGAUAGAAAGCUCUCUCUCGGUGGAGUAGUGCUUCAGAAUUCAGAACCCCGAACGGCAACUCUCAGUAGGCAUCCUACUAAAAACGGUGGCUUUGUUGCAGCUCCCUCUGGAAGGAGGGACUUAUUUCCUGGUCAGUAUUCAGAAACGAAGCAUUCCAAAGGUUCUGCAAAGACUCGUGAAAUAGAGUCACCCUUUCUCCGGAAACCCCUCUCUCCUGUAUUCUCUUCCAGAGCAUCAUCAAAGGCGAACAUUGUGAAUGAUCGCAUCGAAGAUGAUCAUGAGGGUAAGCUAACAUCUACUCCUCCAAAGCAUGUUAUCCUCGUUGGUUAUGAGGGAAACACUAGAACCCCUACGACAAUGCCGAUCCCUAUGCCUAUCACUCCAACGACAGUGUCAUCAGCUGCCAUGGUGGAGGCCAAAACGCCUUGUGUUUCGACUGGUGCUAUCUCCGAUCAACUGCCAAUAGAGUACUCUUUCGAAGAGGUAAGAGUUGAUGUUAUUCAUUCUAAAACAUCUGGAAAAUGAGCCAAAAUAUUUCACAAAUUACCUAUUCUUUAGGAACCUCAGCCAACCGAAAACGUUGAUAUUAAAUACCUUUCUGAUCUCUGACUUUAACAUCAUUUUGUUCCUCAACUUCGAAGGUUUCUUCUCCUGCCAUUCAAAGUGAAAUAGGAAUUUUCUUUGGUUAAUUUUGCUUCAAUGGUUGAAAAUUCAAUUACCAUGAAAUAAAAAUUCAUGUCGCCUAGUUUCAAAAUAUCAUCACAGGGUCAAUAUUAUCAUGUAAUUUUUAAAACUAAAUGCUCUUUUGGUCGGUUGUUCUUUUUAUUCACAUGUCGAUGUCGUGCCCAUACAGCUUUGUUUACA